AUGGAAGGAUCUGUGGUAUUAUUGGUAUUAGAUGGAUCAUUCGACUUAUCGGAUGAAUAUUUACCAGCAUUGAACAAGACAUCACAUGGUACCGGCGGUGACUCCUGGGCACGCACAAAGCCAGGCUAUCUUUUGGCUGGCCUCGAAGUUUUCCACAACCUUCAUUGCUUGAAUCUCGUACGUCAGUUUGUGCACAGAUCCGAAUUCGAUUAUAGCGACGAUCCGGCCUUCCACGGUGGAGAGGAUCUUGUGCUUGCCGUAAGCGCUCCCCAAGUCCAAAACUUUGCAUUGAGUGACUUGACUGGACUGAUUUGCUGGUUUGCUUCCGAAGCUGACUUCUACAGCAUGUUGAUCAUUGUAUCGAGGCAUUACGUAUACGACUGCAGUGCUCGGCUGAUGUAA